AUGGAAAAUUACAUUGCAAUCUUCUCUUCCAAACCACCCUUCAAGCUUGACAAGUACAGGAGAUAUGAAAGCCAUAGCGUUUCUGGGUUCCCUAUCAAGUGUAAUUUCAACCUGGAUGGAGAAAAAAUUGCCUCUGGCUCCUCAGAUGGAUGCAUUUACUUUUACAACUCUAAAUCCUCUGAGCUUGUGAAAAAAAUGAAGGCGUAUGAACAAGCUUGCAUGGAUGUUGCUUUCCAUCCUGUCAUGCCUAAUGUGAUUGCUUCAUGUAGUUGGAAUGGAGAUGUCUCGGUGUUCGAGUGA